CCGAAAUCGUCACGAGAAGAGAACGCUGCGCGUGUAGUCGUUUUGUUGUGUGCGAUGCUUUCCGGGAGCUCGAACGGUGAUAUUUCGUGAAAAACGGCUCGAACAGGGCGGGACAGCGGCUGCAUCACAACCGUGACUUGUGAGCGUCCGCCAUCUCGGGUUUCCAUCCCAACUUCUGCUGCAGAACGUUUGUAAAACCGCACGGCGUUGACGGCGUCGCCAUGGCAGAUGGCGAAGGAUCGGCGUCCAAAUCCCCGCAAAUCACCAACAGUUCCUUCCGAAAGUCGUUGUACGCUCUGGAACAGUGGCCCAGUGCGAUCGAGUCGCUCCGCAACCAGAACCAGUCUCCGGAAUUUGCCAACAUGAUCGGCAAUUUGAUAGAUCGGACGCUGUCCGAACUCGAAGUGAUUUCCUCUCUCGUGGACAAGCAGUCUAAAAAGCAGGAACUACAGGGCGGCGACAAGGGUAACGAGACUGCUCCGAACCCUGGACCGAGUGGUGAGAAAGGAGAUGAACCCGGUCAAGAAAGAAGCGCGCCUGCGGAAAACCCGAAAAGGCCGUGUCCCGAAGAGAGCGCGCCACAACAGGAGGAAGCUCCUAAACCGCCGGUUGUGAAGAAAGCGCGCAUGAAGUACACUCCCUUGCGAAAGCCCAGUGUCUAAAUUGAACUGCCGCGUUGUCGCACCGAUUCCUGGCUUUAUUAUUUUUAUUUGUUUACGACCCAACGUGCAAUAGUUCCUUGCUACUGUACGAAGCCUUGGCUUAGUCAACACAACACAAACAUGCCGUUGACGAGUGUUUUUAUUGUGUGCCCGAUUGACCAAGAGAGCUUUGCUUCAUAAUACUCACCGUUUACGUUACCUAUUUGGUUUACCCGUUUGGUCGUACUCGUUAGAUUUAUGUUGUGCGCCCAUCAGCAGCAUUACGUCAUUUCACGUGCUGUUCUUUUUUUUUUUUCGUAGCCUUUUCGUCAUUAGCAAUAGAGCGAAUUUGGGCAUGUUGGUGUAGCAUAGUGAAAACACACAGCGCGAAACACCGACGGGGACACAGAAAGGAAACACACACAGCGCUGAUGACGGAAGGGGGAGGGAAACAUUUAAAAGGGCCCGAUGUACAAUCAGCGCUGUGUGUGUUUCCUUUCUGUGUCCCCGUCGGUGUUUCGCGCUGUGUGUUUUCACUCGUACAUUAGCCUUGUUUCAUGCUUUCAUUUGUACUGACAUUACAAUCGAUAAACCACAUGUAUAAAUUUUCGGCGCGGUACACUGU